AUGAGCAAUAAUGAAGACGAAGAUGAUUUCUAUGAUGACGAGGAUGAUGAUCUAGAAGACGAUGACGACGAUGAAGGAUUGGACGACGAAGCAAGAGCAACAUUAACCUCACGGCACCCAUGGACAAACACCCUCGUCAAUGCUCUCAACAGCAGCAAUACUACUACCCAGGCAUCACAUACUACUGCUGCUAUUACUGCUGCUGUCACAACCACAAGCAGCACGGGCUCAACUCUUCCAAAGUUGGUGUCAAGGAAAAGAAAGGGAAAAAACUCUGCUAUAAUGAAAUGUCUGAAUGCUGCUACUCGAACCACUUUUAUCGAGAGACAACGAGAAUCACUCUUGACAAACGAUGAUUUCGACUUGUUGUGGGAUUCACUGAAUGAUCGAGCCUCUGGUUUAUCUGAAGAUGAACGGAGUAUCAGCUACAUUGACUUUCAGAAUACUCGAUUGAAUCUACCUGAUAAAUUCAACAACUUUUUCAAAGCUUCCGUCUAUCUAAGGUUUACUACGGAUGAGAUGGGCAACAUAUCAGUCCAGCAGUUCUUCAACUAUGUGCUCAGAAAAGUGUCACUUCUUCAAGCUCGAAUCGAUUUGAGCGCGUAUGAUGGGGACUUUGAUGGUUAUCUCACCGAAGACGAACUCCAGAAAUAUAUUUCGGAUCUCAUGCCGACCCUAAAUCUUCACGCUAUAACGAAAUCAUUCAAAAAGUACUAUCUAGCAACGGCAUCUCGUAAAUUUGUCUUCUUCCUAGAUCCACAACGACGAAACAAGAUAUCGAUUCAAUCUAUAUUACUAUCACCGAUAUUGACUGAGCUAUUCGAACUACGAGAACCAAACCUACCCAAGGAUUUAGAAAAGACAAACUGGUUCUCAGGUGUAUCAACACAUCGAGUGUAUAUGCAAUACUUGCAUCUAGAUCAAGAUCAUAAUGGCAUGUUAUCACGUAAAGAAGUGUCUAGAUACUCACAGGGUACCUUCUCAUCAUCGUUUCUUGAUCGGCUCUUUGAAGAAUGUCAAACAUAUCAUGGUGAAUUGGACUUUGUAUCAUGGCUCGACUUUGUAUUGGCCAUUGAAAAUAUUGGGUCGCCUGAGGCAGUCACGUAUUGUUUCCGACUACUAGAUGUAGAAAACAGGGGUUAUUUAAACCAGGUUGAUAUACAGAGAUUGCUGGUUUCUGUAGUGGAUCGGAUGGAAUCCUUUGGCCAUGAAGCUCCCAAGAUAUCUGAUUUGACGAAUGAGAUCUUUGAUAUGGCCAAUCCUGCUCAAGUGGAUAUCAUCACGUUGAAUGAUUUGCUUGAUUGUGGAGUAGCUGGGACUGUUUUUAAUUUGUUGGCUGAUGCUAAAGGAUUCUUCCAAUAUGAGAAUCGGGAAGCAUUAGCAGCACAAGGAGGUGGGCCAAUGCCAUUCCAAUGA